AUGGCACCCAAAAACUUCAACAUCGACAUUCCCACCUUUGCCCAGACGCAGCUCACCCUGCUCGCGGCCGAGCAGGAGACGGAGAUUGCGGAGACGACCUCGCUCAUUGCCGUACGGGAAUGGGGGCCGGACCGUAUUCGAGCUGGGACCGGACGUGGCCACGUCUUCCUCGUCGGCGUCGACCGCCGGCGUCGGGGAGCUGCCGGAGCACGGCCUCCGGACGGGGAUAUCGUGCUGGUGGCGGGACAGCCGGCGGGCAGCGCCAAGAAGAGGGAGGUGCGGGAGCUAGAGAAGAAUGGGGUGCGGGGCGUGGUGGUCAAGGUCGGGAAGAGUUCGGUGCAGGUUGCCGUCGACUCGGAAGGGCAGGAGGAGGCGGGGCUGAGCGGACGGGUGUGGAUCGUGAAGUUGGCGGAUGAUGUGACGUAUGCGAGGAUCGUUCUCGCCAUGACGAAGCUCCAGAAGAUGGACGAGUCUCAGUACACCAGCUUCAUGCGAGUCCUCUUUGGGCUAUCAAGCCCGAGUCCCCUACCCAGUGACGUCGAGUCAGACCCUACCGUUGGCAAGAUCGAGUGGUUUGACCCCACACUAAACGAUUCCCAAAAGGAUGCCAUCAGGUUCGCGCUCGCCUCUCGCGAGAUUGCCCUCAUCCACGGCCCUCCAGGCACUGGAAAAACACAUACCCCCGCGCAAAGUUCCCAUCCUCCGCCUCGGCCACCCGGCCCGGCUCCUGCCGUCCGUGGUCAACCACUCCUCGACAUGCUCACCCGCACCUCGGACGCCGGCGCCAUCGUCAGCGACGUCCGCGCCGAGAUGGACGCCAAGCGGGCGUCUAUCCGCAAGACCAAGAGCGGUCGCGAGAGGCGCCAAAUCUACGCCGAUCUCAAGGACUUGAGGAAGGAGUAUCGCGUGCGCGAGAAAAAGUGCGUGACGGACCUGGUCAAGGGGAGCGCCGUCGUGCUGGCCACCUUGCACGGCGCCGGCGGGUUUCAGCUGCGCGACGAGAGGUUCGACGUUGUCAUCAUCGACGAGGCCAGCCAAGCCCUCGAGUCGCAGUGCUGGGUGCCGCUGCUCUCCGCCAAGAAGGCCGUCUGCGCUGGUGACCACCUCCAGCUGCCCCCGACCAUCAAGUCGCUCAACAGCAAGGUGAAGAAGAAGAAGAAGGAAGCCACCGAGGCUGAUGAAGAGGCCAUUGCUACGGGAAUUACCCUCGAGACGACGCUGUUCGAUCGUCUCCUCGCGCUGCACGGGACGAGUAUCAAGCGCAUGCUCACGACGCAGUACAGGAUGAAUGAGAAAAUCAUGAGGUUUCCCUCGGACGAGCUCUACGAGUCUCAGCUGGUCGCGGCAAGCGAAGUCAAGGACAAACUUUUGACAGACAUGAAGUACGAUGUCGAGGAAAACGAAAACACAACGGAGCCUGUCAUCUUUAUCGAUACCCAGGGCGGGGACUUUCCCGAGCGGACCGAGGACGAGGACGAAGCCCUCAAGAAGGGCAAGCUGGGCAGUCUCCAUACCGAGAGCAGGAGCAACGAAAUGGAGGCGCUCCUCGUGAGGCAACACGUACGAGAGCUCGUCGACUCUGGUGUCCUACCAGAGGACAUAGCCGUUGUGACUCCGUACAACGCCCAGGUAUGA